UGUCCAUACUCCAUAUGUGAAAUUAUAUCUAAUAAUUGUGUACGCGAAUUAUUGUUACUGCUUUUUUACAGGUUUGCAGUAUUAUGGGUGAUAAAUUAUAAUAAUUUUUUUGAAAAUAUAUAUCACAUCAGGUGUCACAUAGACACCCAGCAAAAGGGACCUUAAUUUUUCUAAAAUCACCGACUUCUAUAUACAUCUGUGAUUUAAAUUUUAAUAGACAUUAGACGAAUGUGGUGAUAGGUCCCGCAGUGAACGUGUGUAACGCACUGCAGUCGUGUUGUUCCUUAAUUCUGCGCAUGUGCGUAGUUAACAGCACAAAUACGCUAUUAUCACACUGACAUGAUUCAUGAAUGUUUCUUACAAGUUUCAAACGAAUUUAAUGAAUAAACUUGUCUGAAGUCUACUUACUAGUUAGUCCUUAAACAUAACCGUUGUAUUGACUUAACUAUAAUAAUACAUUAGUACAUUAUUUGCGUCACCCAAGUACCCAAACCUGUCGACCAUAAUCUGCUCCGUCAACACGACCACCAAAACAAUACCAUACAACAGGACUCUGGUUAACCCUGCGUAACCAGAGUGGUUAACUACGUUACAAUCAUGGCGAUGGCGGUACAGAUAUUCGUCUGAGGUCUGACGUCGGUAACGAAACACAACUGUCGUCCUACUAUCCGCUUCGCAGCGGUCGGUAAUUCAAUAACAUUUCUGAAGUUACUAACGCGUUUAGGCGGUAUAUUUUAAAAAUUCAGCGUCAGUUCCGGGGAUCGUUGACAAGUUGUACUUCCGAACUUUAACACGACAGCGGUUAUCGAAACAGUAAGUCCCGUUUUCAUGGAGAGCGUCGCGUGCCCGCUUUGCUGCGAGGAUAGGUUUUCCAACCGGGCGUUAUUGAAAUAUCAUUUGUUAAGUUUGACCACAAAUAUUCAGUGUCCCUUUUGUGGAAAACAGUGUGAUGACAUCAACUCAUUAGUCGUUCAUUUGGAUAAGAUUUGCAACCAUAAGGAAGAAGAAGUUGAUAAAUCCAUGCACGAAAACAAUGAAAUGAUCGUUGUAUAUCCAGAUGAUGACGAACCGGAACGGGAACCAGAGAAUGAAAUUGGAGAAUUCGAUAAUCUUGUGGGAGAAGAGGAUUAUCAGAAUGAUGAACGGCAAACUGAUACUGAUGUAGAAACUGGAGUUAAGAAAUUUAUUGAAGAAUUUACUAUUGAUGAUCCAACUAAAACAUUGAGACCACCAGAAACAACAGAAACAGAAAUUCUCGAAGAACCAAAUCCUUAUCACUGUUCUGAAUGUAAUAUACAUUUUCCAUCGGUUCAGGAACAUAUAAAUAAUUGUCACAAAGGUCAAGAUGUCGUGUUCCAGGUAAUUGAAGAUGACCUCAAUAAUGCAUUAAAAGACAGUCCUGGUACCACAAGCGAACAAAUUCCUCAGAUGGGAACUUGGACCAAAUGGGGUAAUGGCUACUUUUAUACAAACCAUAAAGAUGUGGCAAUGAAACAAUUGGUUGAUAUUAAGUCAGAAAAAACAAAAACUUCAAAAACUAUUCCAGAUAAUUUAGUUGAAACAAAAGAUGAUAAUAUAAAAAUUAAAAACAACGUGCAUCAUAAUUAUACCAGCAAACUGUCUGCCAAUGUUUAUUCAAAUCAUUGCAUCACCGAUUCAUAUGGCGAUCGGUAUUUUGAUAUUCCUGUUUAUUUACUUCAUCAAGUUACUGAUAAGGUUAAUGAUUAUUUCCAAGUCGAAGCUCGUAAAUUGAGUUUCAAGAAACGAAUCCGUAUUAUACGAUUAAAAUCUGAUACAGAUCAAUUUCAUAUUGAGCAAAUAUUAUUUCAAAAUAAACCAACUAAUUGCAAAAUUAUUCCAAUACUAGAAAUAGCAUCUGAAUGUAAUGAAUACUCUCAUUUAGAAAAAUUAGAGAAUUGUUUAUCGUUAACUUGGAAGUGUUUAGCAUGUAAUGUAAAAUCUGACCAUUGGUCCAAGUUAAACAAACAUAAUUGCAUAGAAGAUGAUGCAAUUGCACAAAAAUCUAAAAAAAAUGUUGAUAACAAAAAUCCAGCCAUCCGAAACAAUAGUCGUACAAUUCCUAAUGUUCGAUCAAAGCAUACUUGUCCACAUUGUGGAGGAGAAUUUGAUUCAGAAGGUUAUUUAAGAACACAUCUUAUGGUACACAUAAAUGAUUCAAAUAAAUGUCCGUUUUGUGAUCAACCAGUAGCACCUGAAAUGAUGGACACACAUUUAAUUGCUCAUCAAAAUCCAGAAUUUUCUAACUUAAAGUUUCUAUGCAAUAUAUGCAAUAAAUGUUACGAUUCGGAAUUUCGUCUCCGGUGUCAUCAAAGAGCACACGAAAUGCGACGCAAACCUCGUGAAAUAUUGGUCUGUGAUGUUUGCGAUGCUCAAUUUAAUGAUAAAAACUCUUUGAAACAUCAUGCCAUCACACAUAUUGAACCCCCUGAACGUUUACGUCGAUUACAUGAAUGUCGUUUCUGUGGAAAAACUUUCGUUAAACCUAUUGAGAAAGUAAACCAUGAAAGAGUGCACACAGGUGAGAAACCUUUUGCCUGUCCAGUAUGUGGUCGUUGUUUCAGACUCAAAGAUCUUGUACAAAAACAUAUGCGUGUACACACCAAAGAACGCCCUUAUAAAUGUCGUCAUGAAGGUUGUGAUAAAACAUUCAGUGCAUCAAGCAGUAGAGUCAAUCACGAACAAGGCCAUUCUGGUAUUAAGCAAUUUAAAUGUUUUUAUUGUCCUAGAUAUUUUAAGAAUUGGGUGUCGAGAAGUAAUCAUGUCCAAGAGCAUAUGGUUCAGCACAAAUGUGACAUUUGUGAUCGUUCAUUUGUGUCAUUUUGUAAUUAUAAGAAACAUUUGAAAAUGCACGCAGAUGGACGGCUCAAAUUUAGUUGUAUACUAUGCCGUCAAGCAUUUGGAAGACAACUGUUUUUAGAUACCCAUAUGAGUAGAGAACAUGAAAUCAAAUCAAAUAAAGAAGACAACAUAACUGAAUAGUUUUUAAUUUUAUAUCAAAAAUAUAAAAUUUUAGUUAACAAUUUAACAUUACAAUUUUGUUCAUCAAGCUUAUUUUCCAAGUAUAAAAAAUGUAAUGAAUUUAUUAAUUAAAAACCAGAAUAGUUAUUA